AUGGGUGCUGCUUACACUAUCCUUGGAAAAUCCGUUCCUUCUCACCAAUUAGCUAUAGCUACUUUAGGUGCUGUUGCUUUCUACGUUGCCCCAAAGCCAUGGGGAGCAGCUGCACCAACACACCCAUCUAUCAAUGCUUCUUCCCCAGAAGAAGAAAAGUAUGUUACUGAAUGGUUAGCCAAACACACUGAAACCAAGCAUUAA